AUGCGAGCAAUGGUGGACAGGGACUCCGUGCAGCAGUUCGUGGACGCUGUAGCGAACACCGAGCUGUGUCCGCUGUCCUCGGAGCCCCACAACGGCCACAUGCACAGCUACGGCGGCAUCCUCCCCGGCUCAGGCGAACCAGCACUGCUCGAACUUCCUCGGGGCGUGCAGUGGCUGAACGACACGUCCUCAGGCGAGACCGAGACUUGUCCGUCUCGGCUGUACGUCCGUCCAGCAUAUCAAGUACUGCUACUACUGGCCAUGGCCUUCGUCGAUCAUUCGGAGGUGCCUCACCAUCGCGUCGUUAUCACCGGUUCGUCAGGCACCGGCAAGACGAGCUUCCUCGGCUGGAUGCUGUGGCACUUGCGGCGUCUCGAUAAACCUCCAGUGAUCGUGCUCGACAUGGCUGGGUUCUUCAGCCGCAUCGCAUCAGACGGCACCGUCACCGCUGGCACCAGAGGUUCGAGCUUCCAACAGGAGCUCGCCACUCGCAGCACAGUGUACCUGUGCGACUCCACAUGGACGGAAAACAUCGAGUACAAUGGUCCUGAGGUCCGAGCUCGCACCAUCGCGGUGUCACCGCCACUGCACACGCUGAUGUCGACGUCGACGACCGAUACAAUGCGCACGCUGGUGCUGGUGAUGCCGCUGUGGACUAUGGCCGAGCUCGAGACCUGCCGAUCUACCUGCUACGCGCGUAGCGUUUCCCAAGAAACACUACUCGAGCUCUACCAGCUUUGGGGUGGCGUCGUACGCUGGACGCUGGGGACACCAAAGCAAGAGGCUAGAGACGAGUUCGUGCGCAGCUUGGAGGCGCUACCGUUCGCCUCCGUGAUUCAGAUCGUCCGCAAUGGCGGAUACGUGCGUAUGUGCGAGUUCAGCGACGUGGAGAUUUCCGUCGGUGCCCGACUCAUUCACAUCCACGCCGACUGUGACAGCACCUUCCAGCUGAACGGGGCUGCAGUGUGCAGCUCCCUAGCGUGCUCGCUGCUCAUUCGCACCAGCUCCGAGCAGCUCGGGAAUGCGAACGAGCUUGUCAGUCCUCCCAGUGGCGAACUCCCGGUCAUACCCAGGAACAUGGAGAUCUUCUACCAACAGGUGCAGCAGGAGCUCUUUGACAGAGAACUCGUCACGCCGUGA